AUGCAACCUAACUUGAGGAAGGCACCUUGGGUCACGGUACGGAUGUUCCUGCCCGCUGACCCUCUCGUCAUUUCCGCAUCUGCAAACUCUACCGUGAACUGCGGAGACACAGCAGACAGCCGAAAUCCUCGACUGACUCUUUCCAAUCCGUACAUCGUCUUUGCGCCUCGGGACACAUACAACUCCUCUCCACCUCCCCCUCCCUCCUUUCGGCUGAUCGACCGCGACAAAGAAGAGUGCCUCCAGGGCGUGGUGCCCCAUACCCUCCAGAGCCAGAGCCAGAGCCAGAGCCGGUGCCAGAAGCAAAGCCAGAGCCAAUCCCAGCUUCUCCCCUCUUCGACCAACGGAUUCCGCCCACCCCCUCCUAAAACCACCCGGCCUCGAAACGGAAAUCUCACCCCCAUCCGGCUCGACUCUCAAGUCCUUGAAUCUCUCUUGUUUGCUCGCUUGCUUGCUGCCUCCUUUCUUUCAACCCGUCUCCUCUGCCCUUUGCAAUCUCACUGGCAGAACAAUAUCCCACUCAUCACGACAUACGAGACUGCAGGCCCCAUUGUUGGAUAUCCAGCACCUUACUUCCCGGCGAGUGAGAGUCUACUCAGUUACAUGCCCCUGUUGCUUCCUUCAUUCCAAGAGAUACCCGGCAACAACCCAGGUUGCUUGCUGGACGUCCGAACCAGCAGCCAAACCCAAACGCAAAGCCAGCCCAACCAGGAGGAGCCUUGGCCUGCAACCUUGAACCCGUUAUCCACAGUCGACAGUCGACAGCCCACUGCGGCGGCAGCAGAGACAAGCAACCUCAAGCAGAGAAGCGGAGCCCCUCACAGGCUCACACAGUCAGGACUCCCAGGAGGCACGCCGCACGAGUACUCCGUACAGAGUGCCGCCCAAAUCUACGAAACAUCGCGUGUUCCAUACCUUAAGCCAUUACCCGGGGGCUCGCAUCCGAGGACAGCCACAGAAACACUCGCCUCUUAUUAA